AGUCGGAGGCGGUCUCAGGCCCCACCGCCGGAGCAGGCUCCUAGGAUCGGUGAAAGCUCGCAGCGCACACCGCCAUCCUGUCGCGUAAGGCUGUUGCACCGGGAAUGGGAAGUGUAAGAAUGGUUUUGCGCUGGGACCCCAUAUAUAAGGUCUACGCUACGUUUAUCCUUGACAUAACCUCUUGACAACUUCUAUUCCGAAGAGGCAACGACAACGUCACUCAACCACUCACUCAACAACUCGACAAACUAGAAUCUUCGUACAAUGUCCCACAAUGACACCACCCAACAUUCGCGCCAGCCCGACCCAGAGCCCAUCCAAGACGGCCAUAGCGGUGAGCCGGUUCCCAGGUAUACGGAGCUGGCUCCUCGCGAUGGUACUGAUCCGGACGACUGGGAUUCGGACUCCACCUCUACUGACAGCAUUCAUGUCACGGUCAACAACGACUUGCGCAUUGAAGGACACGGCGAUGUCGUCCAUCUACCCGAUGUUGCAAGCAUCGCGGCCAAUGUCCUGCAAUCUGUCUACAGAAGUAUCCCUCGCAACACCAGGGGUCGACGUCCAUGUACCCACAUUACGAUUAAUGCCAAUGUCAUCAUGAAGGGAACCCGCAACAUCGCCACGGCAGAUGGUCAACUUAUCAACGAGAUUCGCCGCACGAUGCCGCAAGGUAACACUGCCGAGCCUACUGCUGCUGCUCCCACCUCCACACACGUGGUUCCCCGACCGUCGAAUGUGCACACGUCCGCUGGAAACGCCCCUCAGGUUCAGGCGGACCAACAGUGUCCUCGAACACCUGCCAUCGGACGUUCUCAGCAACCCGCUUCCCAGGAUAACCACUCGGCCUCAAUGACGAAUUCCGCCAACGCUGGCAAUGGAGCAGAGGCUAUCCGCCGGGCUCGCUCUGUGACCCCGCAACUUCCUACCACUCCUCGCGAGCCCAUGAAUGAUGACAUGGACUUAUACUGCGAUCCGUAGGUGGUACACGGCAAGGCUAUGUAUGGUGCUGAGAGACAUGGGACGUAGGGAGGUAUUCUGAUGACGGUCACGGCUUUGAUUGUGCUUUUGGGCGCUUUUGGAGUCUGUAUGAAAUAACGGCGCCAUUUGGGGCUGGGAUGUCAGUGAUGGAGAUGGAGGUGUCUGUAUCGGUGAUCAAUCCUCACGUAUAUAUUCAUUUGCC